UCGUAAUCAGUACAAAUAAACAUAUGGACGUAUUUUAACCAGAGAGAUGUCUGGUAUUAACUUACAAAAACACAGUAUAUCUGUAUAUCACAGUAAGCUCAAGUUCUCCCUGUUGUUCCUACUACUGACAAGCCUAUCAAUAACAGCUGCUGUAACACUGAGCGGGUGGUCUGAGUACGCUGUCCCCGGGAGUGAGUUUACACUGACGUGUGACGUACCAGAGGAGGCAAAUGACGUUACAUUUUACCGCCGUCCUGACUUGUCCACUACAGUAGGUGUGAUACAAGUAGGUGGUGACCAAUGUUACGACGUCAAAGCUACCCCGCCGGUCCUCUGUACACCGGAUGUCUGUUCCUGUGUUACCACGUCGACUGGAGGACGUGGUACAGUGUUCCGGUGGGUCAUACAGCCACGGACGGGAGAUCACGGAUCUGUGUGGUUCUGUAGACGUACCAACUUUAACCUGUAUUACACAUCACAGGACAGUCCAGACUACACCCUUAAUGUAGCAGUUAUGACAGAUGCUGUGACACUGACCGGGUCGUCUGAGUACGCUGUCCCCGGGAGUGACUUUACUCUGACGUGUGACGUACCAGAGGAGGCCAAUGCUGUUACAUUUUACCGCCGUCCUAACGUGUCUACUCCAGUAGGUAGUAUACAAGUAGGUGGUAGUCAAUGUUACAACAUCAACGUCAACACGCCCGUCCUCUGUACACCGGAUGUCUGUUCCUGUGUUACCACGUCGACGGGAGGACGUGGUACAGUGUUCCGGUGGGUCAUACAGACACAGACGGGAGAUCAUGGAUCUGUGUGGUUCUGUGAACGUAACAACUUAACCCUGCCUGACCAAGUACUGGACAGUCCGGACUACACACUCAAAACAGCAAACGGUCCUGGUUCGUCUGCUACUGUUUCCCUACCGGACACUAUCUACAACAGGACUGAAGGGGACACGUUUCAAGACAUUACCUGUACAGCUGACUGUAGACCUGGCUGUACCUUUGUCUGGACAAAACCUGACAACACCAACUUUACUGCCUCAGCUGUGUUGUCACUGGGACAACGGGACAGGUCAGAACACGGGACGUACAGAUGUACGGCUAGGAAUGGUGUCGGGGAGUCAACUACAACCAUCAAUCUUGCUGUGAUGUAUGGACCAGGUAACAGCAUAACAUUUCAGCCAGAACAAGCUUUGUUAGAUAUAGUUGAGAACCAGACUGUGCCAGAUAUCGUCUGUGCUGCUGACUGUGAACCGCAAUGUACCUACAUCUGGUCGAAAGUAGGUACAACCUACCCAAACCCACUAUCUCUGUCCCCGGCCGUGAGGGGUGAUGCAGGACAAUACACAUGUUCAGCCAGUAACGGUGUCGGUCAGGGAACAAAUACGACAUGGACCCUUAUCGUCAGAUUUACUCCUCGAAUAGUUAGCCUCAGCUACACACAAGGAGACGCUGAUGUAACUGAGAAUGGAUCUAAGUCACUGAUAUGUUAUGUGGAAAGUUACCCUCCGUCUACAAUCCAGUGGUAUUAUAAAGCUAACAACACAGUCCUACUGACCACUCCGUACGUACUGGACAGCACCUACACCCUGACUACCGCUGUCUGUCUAGACACAGGAGUAUAUACCUGUUCUGCUCGGAAUAGUGUCUCCGACAUGGAGGCUACCAGGGAUAUUUAUAUCAACGUUUUGUGUAAGCCGCGUCCAUAUGCAGUAACUGACUACAACCAAGCAUUUGACAUAUCUACAUCGGCCAAACUAAUUAUCCCUGCUGUGUUCAUCUCUAACCCGGAACCAUCGUUCACAUGGACCUUCCAAAACUCCAAACUUUCACCGGUCACAGAGCUUUUAAACGGUACUGAUAACUUUUAUGUACAAAACAAGUUCCAGGCGACGAAUCUGUCUGCAGUGUCAGAAGGAACAAGAACAGAUAUACAAGAAAUCUGGUUUGGAUUGUAUAAUGUCACGGCAACAAACAGCCAGGGAAGCUCAAUGAUCAGCUUUAUGGUUCAAGAGAAACAGAGUCCUAGUUUCCCAAAAAGAAUAACCGUUGGCUGUGCAAAGCCUUAUGCUGCCAAAGUAUCGUGGAAAGAUGGCGGUCACACACAAUAUUACCACGUCCUCUUUAGCACUGAUGAAUUUCUUCAAUCAAAUGAACUAUAUCCUGUGGCUGUUACUGAAAAGGAAGACGGACGUGUUAUGUAUAGUCUAGAUAUAACCAAUCUUGAGGGAGGACAACUGUAUUACUUUAGGGUUGCAGCAUUCAAUGGAUACGGAAAUACAACAUCGCUUGAUGCUGUUGGAUGUACUGUUCAAGAGGCACUUCCCUGCGGUAGUGACAUCAUGUAUAUAACAGGACUUGUGUUGAUUGGUGCUGCCGUAGUAACACUGCUAUAUACAGUUGGACUCGGAAUAUUAAUCAGACGAAACGGUGGACUGCCUUUUCUGAAAUGCCAGCAUCCGAAUCAGGGAGAAAUCCAGAGCGUUCAACUUUCAGAACGUCGUAACGUCAAUGAAGCACAUACGACAACCGGCAGAGAUGAAGAAGGAUUGCAAUAUGAACAAAUCGAUACAAAUACAAUCGCCAAGCCGUCUGUAUACUCUGAAAUCGGAAGCCAUCAUCAAGUUUACCAGAAUGAUCCGGUCAACGACGGGGAACAACACAAGCGUUGCUGGGAGUGCUGCUGACUCCGGAGAGUUAAAACAGCCUUCAUUUGAUAAUGGCGCAUUCAAGAAGCAAUACUUAUUGAAGAAGUGAAAGGAAAAUAGGACACCACUGAGUUCAACAAAUAACGAUAAGAGAUGUGCAAAUAACACAAAACUCCCGAUGGUUAUGUUUGAAACAACCUCAGUGUUUAUGUUCACAUUCUGGUGGAGCGGGUGUCACAGCAAUGAAAGUGUGUCGUUUUAUUAUUGAAUGGUUCAAGGAUGGAACAUGCUGUGUAUUAAUAAUAUACGUUCUAUCAUAGGCUGGAACUGAUGUGAUUCGAUGACGAUUUUAAAUGCUAUUACCAUUCGGGUUGAAAAUAAACUGUCAUUGAAUAAUGACAACAGUCAUCGGUAUUGCUACUCCCUAGCCAUGUAAUACAUUAUAUAUCCAUUUGCAGAAGGUGGACUUCUUUUACUUACCUGAAUAAAACCAUUUAUGUUUAUAUAAUAAUUAUUGAUAUUACACAUUCCGGUUACUUUAUAAAUAACUAUGACAUUUUGCUUUCCUUAUCUAUGUUAUAUUUUAUAUAUUCAUUUCUGGGGGUGCUGGUGUGAUAGAACAGUAAAUUUAUCAUGUAUUUGCUAGCCCGAUUAUUUUAUUUUAAAUCUGUUGUGAUAGGUAUCAUGUUUUAACGUGAUAUUAUAUGAACAUUAUUCAAUAAACAUACAAGUAGCACUACACAUUAUUAAUAUCAUAUCCUUUCCAAGAUUAUGUGAUUGAUGUGUGUCUUACUCCAGGUGGCUGUCUUUCCUUGUACGUGACGUGUAUAUGUUUAGUCCAAGUAAGCAUAGUAGGGAAUUAUAUAUCUUAUAUAUUGUCUUGUAAAAACUUUGUACAUUGUAUCCAGUACUCGCCUCGGUAUCAUUUAACAUUUGCUUGGUAACAUAUUUUUUUUCUAUAAUAGGGUUCAUCCUAUGCUAUCAUUAACUGAUUUGUAUUGUUCUGAGCUCAGAAAUAGAUGAGACAUGAAUAUAAUGCAUGACACUUAAAUUCGAUAUUGUAUGCAAUUAUUUAGUAUCUUAUCAUAUACAAUUAUAUAACAAACAACUCGUGGUCGACCCAUCGUCGUUCUGCCUAUAUUCAUGAUGAGAUUAAUUGCCUCCUGAUUUGGUUGAUCACAUAUUUCAAUGUGUUGGUCUUGUGUUCAUCAGGAUAGAAGAUGGUAGACUCUGCUGGUAAAUUCCUAAGUCACCGAUGUUUGCAGUUUCCUUCACUGCCUAAAUAUAUAUUUUGGGUAGUGGCAGGGCUUGUUAUAUACAAAAUGUACUUACUUUACAAUCAUCAAUUUAAAUUAAUCAGUACUCCUCUAAUUUUAAAAUGCAUACAAGUAAGUUUUAUGCAAUCCGUUUUCAUGGAAUGUUCAUGUUAUAUAUUGACUUGACAGUGUUAAAAGCCUUGCCAUUCAUAAUCUUAAUUCAAUGACUAUGAACACUAUUCUUGGUCAGCUUUGUAUGUUUCAACAAUGUGACCUUCAUUCGCCAUUUCAAACAGUUAAAUCAAGUCGUUCCUUAGAAAUAAGAGCCUAACAGUGGAAUAAUGAUAUGUCACACUUAAUAAACGGCAGCAAAUCACUAAGAAAUAACAUAUUACACCGAAUUUCCCUCGAUUGGUACAUAUUUGCAUUUCCUUUUAUGUUACUAUUUACAAAACUUUUCCAGAAUCACACGCGAAAGACACUUCCUUCAAGAAAUCUUAGUCUUAUUUUCCCUUUUCAGGAUUUAUCCAUCUAAGUCUAUCAUUUUUUUCAUAUGUUGCCUAGUUUUAUUGAUGUUAAGCUCGAAUUACGGUUUGUUGACACUUAACGUCCUAACAACAGUUAAGGUCAUUUAAGGGCAUGCCUCCGUGUGCGUUAUGUGUUCGUGCAUGUAUUGUAUAAUAAAACGAUACGUCUGAGUA